AUGCCACCAAAAGGGUCGCGAAAGUCAGCGCCAGACAUCAACAAGACGCUCGUCCUCGACAACGGCGCCUACACGCUCAAAGCCGGGCUCGUCCCCACGAACCCCGCCUCUCCCCCCAGCUACGAUGACUGCAGCGUCAUCGCAAACUGCAUCGCGCGCAGCACCCGCGACAAGUGCACGUACACGGCGUCCGAGCUCGACUCGUGCAAGGACUUUGGCGAGCUGGCCUUCAGGCGGCCGGUGGAGAAGGGCUUCAUUGUGAACUGGGAGGCGGAGAAGGCGAUAUGGGAGCACGAGUUCAUGGGCGCGCGCGAGGGGCUGAGGUGUGAGCCGAAAGAGACGAAUCUGGUCUUGACGGAGAAGCCAAACUGCCCCAGGGAGCUGCAAAAGAACUGCGACGAGAUUGUGUUUGAGCAGUUUGAGUUUGCGGCCUACUAUCGCUGCGUUGGUGCUACACUGGCGGCAUACCAUUCCCCCGCUGCAUCGCUGUCCGCUCAGCCGCAGGAGUGCCUCCUCCUCAUCGACACCUCCUACUCGGACACCACCAUCCUCCCCCUCUACCUCGGCAAGCUUGUCCAGCCGGCCGUGCGACGUCUGACGGUGGGCGGCAAGCUGCUCACCAACUACAUGAAGGAGCUGUCCUCCCUGCGCCACUACAACAUGAUGGAGGAGACGUACCUGCUCAACGAGAUCAAAGAGGCCGUCUCGUACGUGGUGCCGUCGCCACAGCAGUAUGCCAGAGACCUGGAGAGGACGUGGAAGGGGAGGUUGGGGGACCGGAGGGAGCUGGACAGCAGCGUGGUGGUGGACUACGUGCUGCCCGACUACGAGAACGCAAUCCACGGACACGCGCGACCUCACGACCCUGCGAAGAGUCGGGUGCGAAAGGGAAUGCAGCCCGUGCAGGGACCACGAGAGGACUUGCUGCCUCUAGGAAACGAGCGGUUCGCGGUGCCCGAGCUUCUGUUCCAUCCGUCCGACAUUGGCAUCCAAGAGCCGGGCAUUCCAGGCGCGGUGAUGGAGUCGCUCGGCCUGCUUCCCGAGGCGCUGAGGGUGGGGCUGCUGGCGAACGUGGUGGUUGUGGGGGGCAACUCGCUGAUCGAGGGCUUCAUGGAGAGGCUGGAGGCGGAGCUGAGGAGGCUGGUGCCGAGCGACUACGUGCUGAAUCUGUCGCGGGCCGAGGAUCCCAUCAAGCACACCUGGCUUGGCGCGGCUCGGUUCGCGAGCCAGCCAGAGCUGCUGAAGGAGGUGCUCGUGGACAAGGCCGAGUAUGACGAGAAGGGGUCGGCCUGGCUGGCGAGGCGGUUUGGGGGGGAGAGAUGA